AUGUCCCCGACGGACCCGCACUCCAAGGGGGGCUGGGCCGGCUGCUGGCUGUGGGGAGCCCCCUCCCGUCUGCUCCCCACCCUGCUCCUGCUGCUGGCCUCCCUCCUGCCCUCAGCCAGGCCAGCCAGCCCCCUCCCCCAGGAGGAGGAGAUCGUGUUUCCAGAGAAGCUCAACGGCAGCGUCCUGCCUGGCUUGGGCGCCCCGGCCAGGCUGUGGUACCGCUUGCCCGCCUUUGGGGAGAUGCUGCUGUUGGAGCUGGAGCAAGACCCGGGCGUGCGGGUGGAGGGGCUGACGGUGCAGUACCUGGGCCGGGCGCCGGAGCUGCUGGGUGGGGCGGAGCCGGGCACGUUCCUCACCGGCACCAUCAACGGAGAUCCGGAGUCGGUGGCAUCUCUGCACUGGGACGAGGGAGCUCUGUUAGGGGUGCUGCAGUAUCGGGGGACCGAGCUCCACAUCCAGCCCCUGGAGGGAGGCGUCCCUAAUUCUGCUGGGGGUCCUGGGGCUCACGUCCUACGCCGGAAGAGCCCUGCCAGCGGCCAGGGCCCCAUGUGCAGCGUCAAGGCGCCUCCCAAGAACCCCAAGCCCAGCCCCCGAAGAGCCAAGCGCUUUGCUUCCCUGAGUAGAUUUGUGGAGACCCUGGUGGUGGCGGACGACACGAUGGCAGCGUUUCAUGGCGCAGGGCUGAAGCGCUACCUGCUCACGGUCAUGGCCGCCGCGGCCAAGGCCUUCAAGCACCCAAGCAUCCGCAACCCCGUCAGCCUGGUGGUGACGCGGCUGGUGGUUCUGGGCCCGGGCCAGGAAGGGCCCCCAGUGGGGCCCAGUGCUGCCCAAACCCUGCACCACUUCUGUGCUUGGCAGCGAGGGCUCAACACGCCCGAGGACUCGGACCCGGAUCACUUUGACACAGCCAUUCUGUUUACCCGUCAGGACCUGUGUGGGGUCUCCACCUGUGACACCCUGGGCAUGGCCGACGUGGGGACCGUGUGUGACCCGGCUCGGAGCUGCGCAAUCGUGGAGGACGACGGGCUCCAGUCGGCCUUCACUGCCGCUCACGAACUGGGCCAUGUCUUCAACAUGCUCCAUGACAACUCAAAGCCAUGUGUGGGCCUGAACGGGCCUCGGAGCACCUCCCACCAUGUCAUGGCUCCCGUAAUGGCUCACGUGGAUCCUGAGGAGCCCUGGUCCCCCUGCAGCGCCCGCUUCAUCACGGACUUCCUGGACAAUGGCUACGGGCACUGUCUCUUAGACAAGCCGGAGGCUCCCCUGCACCUGCCUGUGACUUUCCCUGGCAAAGACUAUGACGCCGACCGCCAGUGCCAGCUGACCUUCGGGCCUGACUCGCACCACUGUCCACAGCUGCCGCCGCCCUGUGCUGCCCUCUGGUGCUCUGGCCAUCUCAACGGUCACGCCAUGUGCCAGACCAAGCACUCGCCCUGGGCCGACGGCACCCCGUGUGGGCCCGCACAGGCCUGCAUGGGUGGCCGCUGCCUCCAUGUGGACCAACUCCAGGACUUCAAGGUCCCACAGGCCGGCGGCUGGGGUCCCUGGGGGUCCUGGGGCGGCUGCUCUCGGAGCUGCGGGGGCGGCGUCCAGUACUCCUCCCGGGACUGCACGCAGCCCGUCCCCCGGAACGGCGGCAAGUACUGCGAGGGCCGCCGCACCCGCUUCCGCUCCUGCAGCUCCCAGGACUGCCCCGCGGGCUCAGCACUGACCUUCCGUGAAGAGCAGUGCGCGGCCUACAACCACCGCCCCGACCUCUUCAAGAGCUUCCCAGGGCCCAUGGACUGGGUCCCUCGCUACGCGGGCGUGGCUGCCCGCGACCGGUGCAAGCUCACCUGCCAGGCGCGGGCCCUGGGCUACUACUACGUGCUGGAGCCGCGGGUGGUAGACGGGACUCCCUGCUCCCCAGACAGCACCUCGGUCUGUGUUCAAGGCCGCUGCAUCCAUGCCGGCUGUGACCGCGUCAUUGGCUCCAAAAAGAAAUUCGAUAAAUGCAUGGUGUGCGGCGGGGACGGUUCUGGCUGCAGCAAGCAGUCUGGCUCCUUCAGAAAGUUCAGGUAUGGCUACAACAGUGUGGUCACUAUACCGGCGGGGGCCACCCACCUCCUGGUGCGGCAGCAGGAGCCCCCAGGUGUGCGGAGCCUCUACCUGGCCCUGAGACUCGCCAAUGGCUCCUAUGCCCUCAAUGGUGAAUACACGCUAACGCCCUCCUCCACCGACGUGGUGCUGCCGGGGGCCGUCAGCCUGCGCUACAGCGGGGCCACAGCAGCCGCCGAGACGCUGGCCGGACACGGGCCCCUGGCCCAGCCCUUAAUGCUGCAGGUCCUGGUGGCCGGUGACCCCCAGAAUGCCCGCGUCCGGUACAGUUUCUUCGUGCCCCUGCCGGCCCCUCCACUGCAGCCUGCUCCCCGGGACUGGCUGCACCGAAAGGCGCAGAUCCUGGAGGUGCUGCGGAGGCGCCCCUGGACCGGCAAGAAAUAGCCUCACCGUCCCGGCGCCCUGGCGCCGCCAGACUGAGCUGGGAGAGGGGGCUUCGAAGGAGCCUCGUGCUGGACACCGUGGGGAGGGCGCACCCCCCAACAAGGAUGCGCAGGCCGGCCCUGCCUGCUCCUGCCCUGGAGGCAGCCACCUGGGUGCAAGGGCUGGGAGACAGUCCGGUCUAAACUGCCCUCUGCCCUGCUGGUCAUAGGAGGCGGAGGCGGCAGGGUGGCCCUGUUGUAUUUAUUUAGUAUUUAUUCACUUAUUAGCACCAGGAAGGGGCUCUGGGGAAACUGACCUCUGCCCCUCGUGGCCUCAUUCUGGCCAGCAAAUCUGGGGUGGGGUGAUGAGCCCAGUGUCCUGUGUGUGUGCGUGCGCGCGCGUGUGUGUGUGAAGAUGUGCGUGUGUGUGAAGGUGCGCGUGUGUGUGAAGGUGUGCGUGUGUGUGAAGGUGUGCGUGUGUGUGUGUGAAGGUGUGC